CUCUAACCCACGCAAUUUCUCUCAUUCCUUUCUUUGUGGGUUUUUGUUUAUUCUUCACAAAGUUAACAUUUUUAGACUCAAAACUCAUUCUUUUGCCCUUCCUCUGUUUCUCCUCUCUUUGGGUUUAUCUUAGAUUCUCCAAAAAGUCUCUCUCUUUCCAUGGCUCCUCUUCUUCUCCUUUCUCUUUCUCUUUUAGUUCUUGCUUCAGCUUCUCCUUCUCCUCCAGCUGAUGAAGGUUCAUAUAUUGGAGUUAACAUAGGGACCGAUCUUUCGGAUAUGCCACAUCCAACACAAGUUGUUGCUUUACUAAAAGCUCAACAAAUUCGACAUAUCCGUUUAUACGAUGCUGAUCCCGGGAUGUUGAUUGCUUUAGCAAACACUGGAAUCAAAGUUAUAAUCUCAAUUCCUAAUGAUCAGCUUCUUGGUAUUGGUCAAUCCAAUUCAACCGCGGCGAAUUGGGUUAAACGUAAUGUCAUUGCGCAUUACCCUGCAACGACUAUAACCGCAAUUUCUGUUGGCUCUGAGGUUUUGACUAGUCUCUCUAAUGCAGCACCUGUUCUAGUCAGUGCUAUAAAGAAUGUUCAUGCUGCUUUACUUUCGUCGAAUCUUGAUCGGUUGAUCAAAGUUUCUACUCCUUUAUCCACUUCCUUGAUUCUUGACCCUUUUCCUCCGUCACAAGCUUUCUUUAACCGCUCCUUGAAUUCGGUUAUAGUCCCGUUACUAAGCUUCUUGCAGUCUACAAACUCAUACCUGAUGAUGAAUGUGUAUCCUUACUAUGACUAUAUGCAAUCAAACGGCGUGAUUCCUCUAGACUACGCGCUCUUCAAACCGAUUCCUCCAAACAAAGAAGCUGUUGAUGCCAACACACUUGUUCGCUACUCAAACGCCUUUGAUGCUAUGGUUGAUGCAACGUAUUUCGCAAUGGCUUAUUUGAACUUCACGAACAUUCCGGUUUUGGUAACUGAAUCAGGCUGGCCUUCGAAAGGCGAAACCAAUGAGCCUGAUGCUACACUAGAUAACGCCAACACUUACAACAGCAACCUCAUAAGACAUGUUCUCAACAAGACGGGAACUCCUAAACGCCCGGGAAUCGCUGUAAGUACUUACAUUUACGAGCUCUACAACGAAGAUACAAAAGCAGGAUCUUUAUCAGAGAAGAAUUGGGGUUUGUUUAAUGCAAAUGGUGAACCGGUUUACGUACUUCGUUUGACUAACUCUGGCUCGGUUCUAGCUAAUGAUACCACGAACCAGACUUACUGUACUGCAAGAGAAGGUGCUGAUCCAAAGAUGCUUCAAGCUGCUCUUGAUUGGGCUUGUGGCCCCGGGAAGAUCGAUUGCUCGCCUAUUAAGCAAGGAGAGACUUGUUAUGAACCGGAUAAUGUGAUUGCGCAUGCGAACUACGCGUUUGAUACUUAUUAUCAUCAGACUGGGAAUGAUCCUGAUGCUUGCAACUUCAAUGGAGUUGCUAGUAUCACCACCACAGAUCCAAGUCAUGGUACAUGUGUGUUUGCUGGAAGUCGCGGUAAUGGUAGAAACGGGACGUCUGUGAACAUAACAGCGCCAUCAGCAAAUUCAACGACCUCGUCUGGAAUACAGAGUGAUUUGUAUUACAGUCGGGGUAUAUGGAGCAUUCUGACAGUAAUGAUUUUGAAUGUUGCUAAUAUCUUGUGAAAAAUCUUUCGAACUUAGGAAUGUUUUUUGUUUCGAGAAGAUUUUUUUAACUUUCUUAGGUGGGAUUGGAGUUAGAUUUCAGACCGAUUGUGUUGGAUUCGAUUUUUGUACACAACAAAAACCAAGAUAACAU